CCGAUGAAUUCCAUGAAGAACGGAUGCAUUUUCCUCCUGCAAAUUGAAAGGAUGAACAAAGAUAGCAGGAAUCCAAGAAAAAAUCACGACAAUGGCGCAGCACCGUAAACUCCCGAAAUGCACCAUAAUGCCAAUGAGAGCGGAGUCUUCGAAUUAGAAUUAACACGUGCUUGUAUUCAACCCUCCUACCACAGCACGUGGUUAUCGUGGCAACCAUGUUAGGCCCGUUUCAUGUGGUUACCAUCGAAACAACGCGAGUUUAUUAUUUUCUUCCAAGAAGAGAAAAAUCAAACUGUCUAGGCCAAAACUACCGUGCCGUCACGCGAAACAACAAGAGUGAUAAGUGCAUGACUUUGGUUACUUUAAACAGAUAAGGCAAGGAUCGGAAAACUGAACGCAUAUGCUACAAUUCGCUUCUGUUACUGCAUUACAAAUCUCACUUCAAGUAACUCUAGGAAUGUAUACCGACUCUCGUUUUUUUCGUUCAAAUCUGAAAACUGAACUGGACAAAACUGCUGCCGUGUAAAUAGUGCCUAUCGAUAUCCUAUAAUAUCGCAUGAUAGUCAUGGAUAGGACAUUGACUACGGAUCCAAAGCGAGUGUCGACUAAUCUAGCUACUAUGUAUGGAAGAAUCGCUUCAGGUCACGAACGGAUGAAGAUAUGUUUUUGCACGGAUCUGGAUAAAUCAGUGUUGAUCAGUAACUUCGAGAAACGCGGUUGGGUGCAGGUGCCAGCCGAUGAUGAUUGGAAUUUUUACUGGGCAGGAACGGGCACUUGCCGGAACAUUUUUAGUGUCGAUAGUGGCUACCGGAUGCAUGACAAUCAGAUGAUAAAUCAUUUCCCCAACCAUUACGAGCUCUCGCGCAAAGAUUUGCUCGUUAAGAAUAUAAAACGUUACCGAAAGGAUCUAGAACGUGACGGGAAUCCACUGGCCGAGAAAACGGAAGCCAACAUGCCCGGUGGCAAAUAUUUGUAUUUGUAUUUGGAUUUCAUUCCCAUUACCUUCGUUUUACCGGCCGAUUACAAUAUGUUUGUCGAAGAGUAUCGAAAAAACCCGCAAAGCACUUGGAUUAUGAAGCCAUGCGGAAAGUCGCAAGGAGCGGGAAUAUUUCUGAUCAAUAAACUUUCCAAGUUGAAAAGAUGGUCUAGAGAGGCAAAGACAUCGUUUCACCCUCAGAUUGGAAAGGAGAGUUACGUUAUUUCAAGAUACAUUGAAAAUCCUUUGCUAAUCGGCGGAAAAAAAUUCGAUUUACGGCUAUAUGUUUUGGUCACGUCCUUUCGACCGUUGAAAGCAUAUCUUUUUCGGCUGGGAUUCUGUCGUUUCUGCACGGUGAAAUACGACACUAGUGUAACCGAACUGGACAACAUGUAUGUACACUUGACCAAUGUCAGUGUUCAGAAACAUGGUGGCGAAUACAACAAUCACCAUGGGGGAAAGUGGAGCGUUCAAAAUUUGCGGCUCUUCCUGGAAGGUACUCGUGGUAAGGAUGUGACUGAUAAACUGUUUGGAGCGAUCAUCUGGCUGAUUGUUCACUCGCUGAAGGCAGUUUCCAGUGUGAUGGCCAGUGAUCGUCAUUGUUUCGAGUGCUAUGGAUACGACAUAAUAAUCGAUAACACCCUCAAGCCGUGGUUGGUCGAAGUCAACGCAUCACCGUCUCUGACGUCAACUACGGCGAACGAUCGGAUACUGAAGUAUAAACUGAUCGAUAAUAUUCUGAACAUUGUUCUGCCCCCGGACGGGAUUCCGGAUGUAAGAUGGAACAAAAUUCCCAACCCUGACAUGCUCGGUAAUUUUGAUUUACUGAUCGACGAAGAAAUCUCCGCCCAGGAUGAUGGAAUUCCCAGCACAAACGGUAAAGGCAGAUCUAGCAGCAAUCGAUGGAAGUGAGAAUAAAUUAUGCAGAUCAUUUGUAGCAUAACUUUUAUUUUCAUUUUUAUGCUUUGUUGUCAUUGCUCUAACUUUCUAACCACGAUGUUUGCGCUUUUUGAUCAUUUUGUCUGGUUUAUUUGUAUAGAUGUUUGUAUUUCCA